CACCAUGUAAUUUGCUGAUGUUAUCAUUCUCAGAUGUCCACUUGCAGAUGUUCAAUGUUAUGAUUUAGAAAGAUACUGAUAAUAAAAGGCAAUAAUAAUCACAACUAAAAAAAAAAAAGACGUUUGACUUACGACAAAACCUACUUACGACAGAGUCGUUGAAAUGGAACUCCAUCAUAAAUCUGGGACUGCCUGUAUUUCAAACAUGCAGGAAAGAAUAAAGAACAGUAGAAAAAUCAUUCCAUGUAUCUAUCUGCCUGGCUUAGUCAGACCUUAACAUUUUGCCAUAUUUGUGUCAGAUUUUUUUUUCCCCAAGAAGUAAAACAUUGUGGAGUUGAACUGUGUACCCUUCCUUUUCCUGUUUUUUUUUUUCCCCUCCUUAAACACUAUUCUGAGUAUAUUUGUCUCCAUAAAUAAUGUAGUUGUUUUGCAUGUUUUUAUACAUGCUAUUCUGCAGUUGGCUUUUGUAGUACGCUCUUUCUCCCCCGCCCUCACUGUGUUUGUCCUAUGAUUUCCAUUGCAUAGCUACACCAUAAUUUACUUACCCAUUUUUCCUUUGGGUGGUUAUUAGGUGGUUUUCAGUUUUUCAUUAUUAGACAGUGCUGCAGUGAACAUUCUUGUACAUGCUUCUUUUGAACAUUUGUGUAUUUUUCCAGAGAGAUGUAGGGUGUGUGUGUUUAUGUAAGAUUGGAAUCACUGGUUGAAGAGUAUGUGCCUCUUCAACUUUGGAGAAUAAUUUGGCAUUAUUUAAUAAAUUGUAUUAAUUUAGACAUUACUGUCAGAGUGUGAGAGUUUUACUUCCCCUACAUUUAUACCAUUAAUUUUUAUCGCUAUCUAAAAUCGAACUCGUAAGGUUCUAGGUGGGGAGCUGUAGAGCAGUUUAUCCGGCCAACUCUAGAAGCACUUAUAUGUCAGGAAAUGACUAUCAAAUGAACAGGCUCCGUGGACUGCGUGGCUUAGGAUCUGUAACUGACUUAUUCUGGUAUAAGGUCACCGAGAAUUCAUCUUACCAGUUUAGUUGAAUGUUAGUGAAUUUUUAUUUCUUGUUAGUAACAUAGUCAUGUUGUAAUAGCCUUCGUUUCCUAUAUUUUACUUGAUUAAGCUCUAUAUAGAGCAAGUAAAGGAAGCAAGAUUCUAGUCUCUGGGAUUUGCAACUUAAAAUGAGUAAUAACAAAGUAGGUAUAGGGUACUGGGCAAUAAAAUGUAAACAUAUAAAUUUCUAGUUACCGUUGAGUUGAUUUUAACUCCUGUCGACCCCGUGUUUUUCAGAGCAGAACUGCGCUCCAUAGGGUUUGCAAGGCUGUGGCCUCUCACGCACAUCACCAGGCCUUUCUUCCCUGGUGUCUCUGGGUGUGUUCAAACCGCCAACUUUUCCGCUAGUAGUCGAACACUUAACUGUUUGUGCCACCCAUAUAAAUAAAAAGUUAAAUUUUUAUGGCGUAAGAUUUUGACAUUCAGAGACACUGUGGUAUAAUGAGUGUCAGGUGAAUUUGCAGAACUAAUAAAGUUACUUAACUAUUCAGUUUAAAGACAGAUGAUACAGUUCAUUGAAUUAAGCAAGUGUGAGAGCUUUAGGGUUGCUAUGAGUCAGAAUCGACCCAACAGCAGUGGGUUUGGUUUGGUGAGAGCUAGAAGUAUGGUGCUUUUUACACCUUGACCCUUGCUUGGACACUGUGCAUCAGAAUAGAUUAUCAUAGCUGCCCAAUCUAGUACAGCUUUUGUGCAUGGAGAAAGAACAUCUUUGAUUUAAAAACACAGUAUUGAAGCAUCUGUCCUGUGAAGUUUGUAAAUUAUUAAAGGUACAUUUAGGAAAAACGUAUUGGGGACAUUCAUUUUGGCACCCUUUGUUAAAUUUACCUCUACUUUUAGUCUUUUAGGAGUCUCUAGGUGCUGCAAAUGGUUAAGCACUUGGCUACUUCACUGAAAGGUUAGAGGUUUGAGUCCACCCAGAGGAGCCUCAGAAGACAGGCCUGGUGAUCUACUUUCAACAGAUCACAGCCACCGAAAACCCUGUGAAGCACAGUUCUUCUCUGAUACACAUGGGAUUCCCAUGAGUCGGAACUGACUGGACGGCAACUGGUUUGGUUUUUUUGGUUUAGUCUUUUGAAGGAUUAAGGGUCAUUCAUGCUACAUUGCUGUCUUGCUUUCUUGUUUUUAUUCCCCUAUGUUAUGAAGGAAAUACGUGAACAUUAGGGAAAAUAUUAAAAAAUAAAAAGGAGAAAAAAAUCACAGAGCAAGUAAAGUAAGCAAAUAACCCGUACAUAGUCCUAUCCCUAGACAACCCCCCCGCCAAAAAAAAAGCAGAAACAAAAACCCAUUGCCGUUGCAUUGAUUGCAACUCAUAGCAACCUUAUAGGAACGAGUAGAACUGUCCCGUAGGAUUUCCAAGGAGUGGCUGGUGGAUUCGAACUGCUGACCUUUUGGUUACAGCUGAACUCUUAACCACUGGGUCACCAUGGCUCACUAGGCAAAAGUUGUUAAUAUAUUGGUUGACUUCUGGAAGUUAUAGUCUGGAUUUAUAAUUUUAUUCUGUUUUUUUGUAGUUUUUCCAAAGCAAAUACUGUUUUUUAAAUGGAAACAAUUGCACCAGGAGUUAAAAACAAAAACCUAAACCAAAACCCUCAGUGAACCUCCUUCAAGAAGGAAGUUACUUUUUUUAGUUCUGCCACUGCUGUUUAUCAGAGGCUCGGAAGCUGUCAACUAAGGGAUAGCAAUGGCAACUCAGCAGAUCUGUCCAUACUAGUGGAAAUGUAACUGGAACUAGCUCUGAUGAUAAAAACCAAGGACCAUCAGGCAAGAUCAUGCAGUAGGAAUCGUUGCUUCCAAAUGAAGUCACCAACAUUUAGAAUUUCUACUUAUUCUAAGGUUCCCUUCACUACUGCAUCAGAGAAUGAAGUAAUCUGCUAAGAAAUCACUAAAUACUACUCUGAGGGGUUUAGAUGUAAGUGAGGUGUGAAGUUUUUCAACAUGAGUGGCCUCGGGGACAGUUCAUCCGACCCUGCUAACCCAGACUCACAUAAGAGGAAAGGAUCGCCAUGUGACACACUGGCAUCAAGUACUGAAAAGAGGCGCAGGGAGCAAGAAAAUAAAUAUUUAGAAGAGCUAGCUGAGUUACUUUCUGCCAACAUCAGUGACAUUGACAGCUUGAGUGUAAAACCAGACAAAUGCAAGAUUUUGAAAAAGACCGUCGAUCAGAUACAGCUGAUGAAGAGAAUGGAACAAGAAAAAUCAACAACUGAUGAUGAUGUACAGAAAUCAGACAUUUCAUCAAGUAGUCAAGGAGUGAUUGAAAAGGAAUCUUUGGGGCCUCUUCUUUUGGAGGCUUUGGAUGGAUUUUUCUUUGUUGUGAACUGUGAAGGGAGAAUUGUGUUUGUGUCAGAGAAUGUGACCAGCUACUUGGGUUAUAAUCAGGAAGAAUUAAUGAAUACCAGCGUAUACAGCAUACUGCACGUGGGAGAUCAUGCAGAAUUUGUGAAGAAUCUGCUACCAAAAUCACUAGUAAAUGGAGUUCCUUGGCCUCAGGAGGCAACACGACGAAAUAGCCAUACCUUUAACUGCAGGAUGCUAAUUCACCCUCCAGAUGAGCCGGGCACCGAGAACCAAGAAGCUUGCCAGCGGUAUGAAGUAAUGCAGUGUUUCACUGUGUCCCAGCCAAAAUCAAUCCAAGAGGAUGGAGAAGAUUUCCAGUCAUGUUUGAUUUGCAUUGCGCGGCGAUUACCUCGGCCUCCAGCUGUUACGGGUGUAGAAUCCUUUAUGACCAAGCAAGAUACUACAGGUAAAAUCAUCUCUAUUGAUACUAGUUCCCUGAGAGCUGCUGGCAGAACCGGCUGGGAGGAUUUAGUGAGGAAGUGCAUUUAUGCUUUUUUCCAACCUCAGGGCAGAGAGCCAUCAUAUGCCAGACAACUGUUUCAAGAAGUGAUGACUCGUGGCACUGCCUCCAGCCCAUCCUAUAGAUUCAUAUUGAAUGAUGGGACAAUGCUUAGCGCCCACACCAAGUGUAAACUUUGCUAUCCUCAGACUCCAGACAUGCAGCCUUUCAUCAUGGGAAUUCAUAUCAUCGACAGGGAACACAGUGGGCUUUCUCCUCAAGAUGACAGUAAUUCUGGAAUGUCAAUUCCCCGAGUAAACCCCACGGUCAAUCCCAGUAUCUCUCCAGCUCACAGUGUGGCCCGUUCAUCCACGUUGCCACCAUCCAACAGCAACAUGGCACCCACCAGAGUAAACCGCCAACAGAGCUCAGACCUUCAUAGCAGCAGUCAUAGUAAUUCUAGCAACAGUCAAGGGAGUUUUGGAUGCCCACCUGGAAAUCAGAUUGCAACCAGUGUUGCCUUAAACCAGGGACAGGCUGGUUCUCAGAGCAGUAAUCCCUCUUUAAACCUCAAUAAUUCUUCUAUGGAAGGUACGGGAAUAACCCUAGCACAGUUCAUGUCUCCAAGGAGACAAGUUAGUUCUGGAUUGGCAGCAAGGCCCAGGAUGCCAAACAAUUCGUUUUCUCCUAAUAUUCCGACAUUGAGCUCCCCUGUUGGCAUGACAAAUAGCGCCUGUAAUAAUAGUAACCGAUCUUACUCAAACAUCCCAGUAACGUCUUUACAGGGUAUGAACGAAGGACCCAAUAACUCCGUCGGCUUCUCCGCCAGUUCUCCAGUCCUCAGGCAGAUGAGCUCACAGAAUUCACCUAGCAGAUUAAAUAUACAGCCACCAAAAGCUGAGUCCAAAGACAACAAAGAGAUUACAUCCAUUUUAAAUGAAAUGAUUCAGUCUGACAACAGCUCUAGUGAUGGCAAACCUCUGGAUUCAGGGCUUCUGCAUAACAAUGAUAGACUCUCAGAUGGGGACAAUAAAUACUCUCAAACCAGUCACAAACUAGUGCAGCUUUUGACAACAACUGCAGAGCAGCAAUUACGGCAUGCUGAUAUAGACACUAGUUGUAAAGAUGUACUGUCUUGCACGGGCACUUCCAACUCUGCCUCUGGUAACUCUUCUGGCGGUUCUUGCCCCUCCUCUCAUAGCUCACUGACGGAACGGCACAAAAUUCUGCACCGGCUCUUACAGGAAGGUAGCCCCUCAGAUAUCACCACUUUGUCUGUUGAGCCAGAUAAAAAGGACAGUGCAUCAACGUCUGUGUCAGUGACGGGACAGGUGCAAGGGAGCUCCACUAUAAAACUAGAACUGGAUGCUUCAAAGAAGAAAGAAUCAAAAGACCAUCAGCUCCUACGCUACCUUUUAGAUAAAGAUGAGAAAGAUUUAAGAUCAACUCCAAACCUGAGCCUCGAUGAUGUGAAGGUGAAAGUGGAAAAGAAAGAACAGAUGGAUCCUUGUAACACAAACCCAACCCCAAUGACCAAACCUGCCCCUGAGGAAGUUAAACUGGAGUCCCAGAAUCAGUUCACAGCUGACCUUGAUCAGUUUGAUCAAUUGCUGCCCACGCUGGAGAAGGCAGCACAGCUGCCAGGCUUAUGUGAAGCAGACAGGAUGGACGGUGCAGUCACCAGUGUCCCCAUCAAAUCAGAGAUCCUGCCAACUUCUCUUCAGUCCACCACUGCCAGACCCACUACCAGACUGAAUAGGUUGCCUGAGCUGGAAUUGGAAGCAAUUGAUAACCAAUUUGGGCAACAAGGAACAGGCGAUCAGAUGCCAUGGGCAAAUAAUACAGUGGCAGCUGUAAAUCAGAAUAAACCAGAAGACCAGUGUAUUAGUUCACAAUUAGAUGAGCUUCUCUGUCCUCCAACAACAGUAGAAGGAAGAAAUGAUGAGAAGGCUCUUCUUGAACAGCUGGUAUCUUUCCUCAGUGGCAAAGAUGAAACUGAGCUAGCUGAACUAGACAGAGCUCUGGGGAUUGACAAACUUGUUCAGGGUGGUGGAUUAGAUGUGUUAUCAGAGAGAUUUCCACCACAACAAGCAACACCACCUUUGAUGAUGGAAGAAAGACCCAACCUUUAUUCCCAGCCUUAUUCUUCUCCUUCUCCUACUGCCAAUCUCCCUAGCCCUUUCCAAGGCAUGGUCAGGCAAAAACCUUCGCUGGGGACUGUGCCUGUUCAAGUAACACCUCCCCGAGGUGCCUUUUCACCUGGCAUGGGCAUGCAGCCCAGGCAAACUCUAAACAGACCUCCAGCUGCACCCAACCAACUCCGACUUCAACUACAACAGCGGUUACAGGGACAACAGCAGUUGAUACACCAAAAUCGACAAGCUAUCUUAAAUCAAUUUGCAGCAACUGCUCCUGUUGGCAUCAAUAUGAGAUCAGGCAUGCAGCAGCAAAUUACACCUCAGCCGCCCCUAAAUGCCCAAAUGUUGGCACAGCGCCAGCGGGAGUUGUACAGUCAACAGCACCGACAGAGGCAGCUGAUACAGCAGCAGCGAGCCAUGCUCAUGAGGCAACAAAGCUUUGGGAACAGCCUCCCUCCCUCAUCUGGACUGCCAGUUCAAAUGGGGAACCCCCGUCUUCCUCAGGGUGCUCCACAGCAAUUCCCCUACCCACCAAAUUAUGGUACAAAUCCAGGAACUCCACCUGCUUCUACCAGCCCGUUCUCACAACUGGCAGCAAACCCUGAGGCAUCCUUGGCCAAUCGCAGCAGCAUGGUGAACAGAGGCAUGACAGGAAACAUGGGAGGACAGUUUGGCACUGGAAUCAGUCCUCAGAUGCAGCAGAAUGUCUUCCAGUAUCCAGGAUCAGGAAUGGUUUCCCAAGGUGAGGCCAACUUCGCUCCGUCUCUCAGCCCUGGGAGCUCCAUGGUGCCAAUGCCAAUCCCUCCUCCUCAGAGCUCUCUGCUCCAGCAAACUCCGCCCGCUUCUGGCUACCAGUCACCAGACAUGAAGGCCUGGCAGCAAGGAGCAAUGGGAAACAGCAAUGUGUUCAGUCAAGCUGUCCAGAGCCAGCCCACACCUGCACAGCCAGGAGUGUACAACAACAUGAGCAUCACCGUGUCCAUGGCAGGUGGGAACACAAAUGUUCAGAAUAUGAACCCCAUGAUGGGCCAGAUGCAGAUGAGCUCUUUGCAGAUGCAAGGAAUGAACACCGUUUGCCCUGAGCAGAUGAAUGAUCCAGCACUAAGACACACAGGCCUCUACUGCAACCAGCUUUCAUCCACUGACCUUCUCAAAACAGAAACAGAUGGAACCCAGCAGGUGCAACAGGUUCAGGUGUUUGCUGACGUCCAGUGUACAGUGAAUCUGGUAGGCGGGGACCCUUACCUGAACCAGCCUGGUCCGCUGGGAACUCAAAAACCCACGUCAGGACCACAGACCCCCCAGGCCCAGCAGAAGAGCCUCCUUCAGCAGCUACUGACUGAAUAACCACUUUUAAAGGAAUGUGAAAUUUAAAUAAUAGACAUAUAGAGAUAUACAAAUAUAUUAUAUAUUUUUCUGAGAUUUUUGAUAUCUCAAUCUGCAGCCAUUCUUCAGGUCGUAGCAUUUGGAGCAAAAAAAUUAAAAAAAAAAAAAAAAGUUCACUUUUGUUGGAAGAUUGAGAGAUGUUUUUGUUUCCUUCUUUGUAAAGGCCUUGGAUAUUGAAGAAAAUAACAAGGCAGAACAGUUGGACAAUCUAUUUCUUGAGCCAAAAUUGAAUUAUUCUAUUUUUUGUAAUCAGUCAUUGGCUUCUUAUGUGGAUGAAGGCUUUUGGAGGAGAACCAAAAUGACAAGUUCCAAGGGAAAGAUGAAGCUCCACCUCUGCUGGCUCAGUCCCGGCCCUGCUGAGGGAGAAGGGCCUGGUGGGGCUUUGCCUGUGCCUGUCCACCAAAGGCUGUCACCUUUCUCUAAAUCAACAGCCCUCCCCUAUCCCUACCCCAGGCAGCUUGUGUGUACAAUCAGCUUCUUCUAGCAACUUUUUAUCUGUUGGCUUCAAGAGAAUAUUUUGCCUCCACGUACGUACCCCUUCUCCUUUUUUUUAAAUGGAUUUAAACCAAGAUGCCUCCAGGAAAGAGGAAGAAAUGAGUAUAUUCACAGAGGAAUCCAAAAAAUACAGUUUGGGGAAAAAUGCAAUAAUUUUUUUGAUGAGAUGGGUGAAGGACAAGAAGCAAGUUCUAUCAGUUAUUGUAGAUACAAUGUCUGAUCAAAUCUGGAAAAAAAAAAAGGCAGCCUGUUUUCUGCUUUUAUUGUAUUAACAGCUAAGGUAGCUAAAGUUAUUUAAAAUAAAAUUAAAUUUAUGACCCAAGUAGCUUAUUUUUCCCUUUAAAUCUCACUGUAAAUAUAUUUGAUUUCUUGUAGAAACUGAUUUCCUUCUGUUUAAUUUUAUGCUUUUAUUAUACUCUUGAUUUUUCUAAAUUUGUGUGUGAAAUAUAACAUUGGUUGAAUUGCAGUUAUAUUUGGCUAAUAAUACUUCAUUGUUUUAAUAACUGUGAUGCCAAGUGUGGGUUUACUUUGGGGUUUAAAUCAAAAUGCCACUGCCAGAAAGAGCUGUCCCAAAUGAGCUAGAGCAUACUGCCCUAGAGUGUCCCUGGGACCAGCUAAUUUGAGAGCAGUGCAAGGAAUUGUCACCGGAAGUGCACAGGCUACUUGUACAGAGAAAAAAUAGUGCUCAAAGGAAAUCAUUUUCUUAGAUUGACUUUGGGAGUUUGAGUUUUCAUCAGUGCAGAUACCAAUUUCUCCAUCCUGCUCUGAGGCAAAUUGGCACCGUGUUUUCCCUUUGUGCCUUGUCACUCUGCCACGUCGUGUCUCAUCCUGGCCUCUGGGUCAAGGACCUAGUGAACUGACUCUCUAGUUCUAGAAGUUCCACUGCAAGGCCAGGGAAGCUUGAGAAAGGCAUUGUGGAAGAAGCGAAGGUAGCACCCCAUCACUCACCUGUACCUUUACCUGCACCCCUGGGCCCGUGAAUGAUGACGACAUCUAACAUUCUGCACCAGCUACCUCUGCUUCCAUGGCAGAGAAAAGGCCAUAAGAACUAACUGUGGAAGAGGAGCGUGGACUCAGACUUCAAGGAAGAAGCCAUUUCCCAGGUCCUCCUUUCUGCAUCUCACUACCCCUAAUUACAGAUAACUCGAUUGAACAGCAUCUAUUCAGAAACUAUACGGAAUAAAAAGAUUUGGCGGAAGGGCUCAAAUGGGUAGCGACUAUGAAACAAA